AUGACAAGCCCCUUCAACCGCCGCCCUAUUCCCGACUACUUUAUCGCCUCCCCCUUGGUGGCUCUACUCUAUCCAGUACACCAGAUCUUACUCCGUCUGCGUGGACCUCCUCGACUCCCUCCGCCAGGCACUCAGCCAAUCCGAGUAGUCUGCAUCUCCGAUACUCACACCCUCGAAUGGCCAGACGUACCUGACGGAGACCUUCUCAUCCACGCCGGCGAUCUCUGCAAUGACGGCUCCGCGCGCGAUAUUCAAGCCGCUGUUGACUGGCUCCGAAGCCUUCCCCACCCAUACAAAGUCGCCAUCGGAGGCAACCAUGACAGCUACUUCGAUGUGCGGUCACGUCUAGAUGAGGACCGCAUAGACCCAGCUUCUACGGGGGAUUCCUUUGCCGCAGUCUCCUCCUCCACAGCAUCCAUCCACUCACUCCACGAGCUGAACAGCGCCUCCCGCAUCGACUGGGGCGACAUCCACUACCUCCAACACUCAGCUGUGACCCUUUCGUUCACAGAUACCUCCACACCCUCACCCACAACACCCCUCACCAGCUCCCGCUCGCGCUCUCUCACAAUCUACGGCGCGCCCCAAGUCCCAGCCAUCGUCCCCUUCGGCCCCGAGCACGCCUUCACAUACCCUCAAUACCACGACGCCUGGUCUGGUACCGUCCCCCCAGAAACAGACAUCCUCGUCACCCACACUCCACCCCAAGCCCACCUCGACCUAUCCCCCAUAUAUUCCAUAGGCUGUCCCAAUCUACUAGCGGAAUCAUGGCGUGUCCGUCCUGCCCUCCACGUCUUCGGCCACGUUCAUGAAUCUGCAGGCCAGGAACCUAUCUUCUGGGAUGAGGCCCAACGCGCCUGGGAAAGAUUGUGUGCCUCACGCCGCUCCCGUGCGCGCUUUAGCCGCCUUGCUUCGCUAGCCGGCUUCCUGCGCGAUCUGUUCGACCUGUCUGCCUGGGUGGAUGCCGCGCGGGUCGUGGGAUACGGAAUCCUAGGUGUGGUUUGGGCCCAGGUCUGGGGUGGUGAGAACCUUCAUGGCGGGUGGAUGGUCAACGCUGCUUGCAUGUAUCGUGAUAGUGGCAAGCUGGGUAACCCGCCGAGGGUUUUUGAGCUGUGA